AUGGCCUUCCGCACGAAAUACGGGUUAUACAAGUCCCUGGUUAUGACCUUUGGCCUGACUAAUGCACCGGCGGCCUUCCAACACUUCAUGAAUGAGUUAUUCAAGGAUUUAUUGGAUGUAUGCGUCAUCAUCUAUCUGGAUGACAUCUUAAUCUACUCAAAGGAUGACGCGUCACACACCCAACAUGUUCAUGAAGUCCUACGUUGGUUAAUGGAAAACCAGUUGUUCUGCAAAGCAUCUAAGUGCACGUUUCACGUUGCAUCUGUAGAAUACUUGGGGAUUAUUGUGUUGGAUAAGGGUUUCAGCCUGGAUAAGCUCAAAAUCCAGGCGGUCCAAGAAUGGCCCGUGCCUACCAAGGUUAAGGAAGUCCAAUCCUUCCUUGGGUUUGCCAACUUCCUACGCCGGUUUGUAGCCAAUUUCAGCCACAUAGCCAGACCUCUGCACAAUCUGGUUAAAAAGGAUACAAUCUGGAAAUGGGCUGCCAAGGAACAAGAAGCGUUCCAGGGACUUAAGGAUGCCAUCACCAACGCACCCGUCCUUUGUCACGCCGACCCAGGGAAACCUUACUACCUAGAAACGGUUGCUUCAGGCGCAGCCCUAGGAUCAAUAUUGAGCCAACGCCAAGAAGACGGCCGUCUCCAUCCAAUAGGUUUCUUGUUGGAAUCAUUCAAGGGUGCCAAACAGAAUUACAACACCCACAAUAAGGAACUCUUGGCAAUCAUCUGUUCAUUUGAGUACUGGCAGAUCUUCUUGGAAGGAACCCUUUACCCCAUCAUUGUAUUCACCAAUCACUGCAACUUGGAGUAUUGGAAGGAAUCCCAAACAUUCAACCGCCGCCAUGCUAGAUGGCACCUAUUACUAGCCGGUUAUAACUUCCAGAUUGUGUACAGGCCCGGAAAACAAUCAGGGAAGCCAGAUGCUUUAUCACGUUGA